AUGGAUUCAAACAAUCAAAUGCCACAACCGAUUGCUACCCCUUCGACGUGUAUCUCAUACAACCAAACAUUCGUUGAGAUAUCAUUGCAAGGAAAGGGUGGGUUUGGGACGGUAUAUAAAGUGAAGCACAAAUUGACUGGUCAGAUAUCUGCCAUUAAAAAGAUCGAAUUAAAAGUUCACGAGAACAGUAUUCACAAUAAAACUAAAUACAAACACACGCCAGACGCGGGAGACUAUAGAUAUAUGGCGCCCGAAAAUCUUCAGGAGUUCCUGGAUGUAACUGGAUUAGACCCAGAGAUUAAUAUCACUCCCUGGCCAUACACCUUUGACAAUGAUUUACAAGUAAAUAAGGCAACAAUACUGCGAUCCGGGGGUUCCCGAUACUUCUCUAUGGACUCCAAUCCCAGGGGUCGGGCUAUUGUUUUUGUGACCGUCGAUGGCUUGGACGUCGAGAUAAUGAGAUGGAAAUCCAUUUUCGAACAGUUAGGCUUCCAAUACGAGGUGUAUCGAGAGGCCCCGUUCUCUCAGAUAAGGGAUGUGCUGUUGGGGGUGUCGUGUCAGCGGUUUGACGCCGACGCCCUUUUUAUCAUGUUUAUCGGCGGCCUAUAUAACGGUAAACUCCGCGGGAGUGGCGACCGAUCGGACAAUGAGAUGUCGGUCACGGAAAUUGUGGACAUGUUUUGCGAAAGCAAUUGUGUGUCACUUAGAAAUAAACCAAAAAUGUUUGUUUUCAACACUUGCCGCAUGAGUACGGAUGUGGGAAAGGGUGGCCAACAUAUAGAAAGUGAUAUACAAAUGGAAAAUUUGCGCAAAAAUGUCAAUCAGCGCACCUAUGUCAUUUAUGCGCUCUCUAAAUCUGUGAAUUCAUGGCUUAAUCACGCGGAGGGUAUAACACUAUUUGGACAGGCAUUCAGUUAUACAAUAGCGCAGUACGCUUGUAACAUGCAUCUCACUGAUUUGGUUAACCUGACACGUAAACGACUGGCGUAUGAGCAGGGUGAUAGUGACCCGCAAAUAGUAAUGGACUCCGUAGACAUAUUGAGACAGAUAUAUUUCAAUCCGGGUCUUUAUAAGAGACAAAUAAAUUUCAAUUAAAAAAUUUAUAUUAUUAUACAAUGUAGGUGU